AUGGGUCGACAAGAAAGAAUCGCCCGGUCCAUCGUCCGCGCCAUCAUCAGGACCAAUGUCAAUGGCACCAAAAAGAAAGCCAGCAACCCACUCGGGAUCCUCCUCGCCCUGUUCUCCGCCUUCUUCUCCCUCUACCAGCUGCUCAUGAGAAAGAUCCGCCCUGCCGACUUUGCCAAGCUGCGACGGGAGUACUGGGAUGUCAGCGAUGACGACUAUGUCGACUCGUUCCGACCGCGGGAGGGCGCAAAGGAUGAGGAGGCUUUGACUGCUAUCGGGGACAUGGGGUUCUCUGGUUCCACCUUUUACGCAACCACCGACCAAAAGUACCUCGUCAAGUCGGUCCCACGCCACUCCGAACAUUCCUUCUUCCGCAACGAUCUCCUGACCCCGUACGUCCAGCACAUGGCUACGCAUCCGCAGUCUUUGUUGGUCAGAAUAUGUGAUUUCCUUGGCGCCUCAGGUGCUUCUAUUGGAAGGAUCCUCCGUCUCGCGCCUUCGCAUCAUAUCGUCAUGGAGAACAUCAUGUACGGCCGGGAGGAGGCUGAAAACAGGGGAGAUGCCAAAUGGGAGAACUGGGACCUGAAGCCAACGUCGUAUUUCUACCCCGAACGAGAUAUUGCCGAUGGCGCGCUCACGAGCGACGCAACCAAGGAGCAGCUGGCGGAUGAGUUUCACGACAAGAUUGUGCUCAGCCAGGAGCAGGCGGAUGAUUUGUUUGCGAGGUUGGAGGAGGACACAAAGUUGCUGGCCGAGCACAACGCGGUAGAUUAUUCCUUGUUUUUGGUCAGGAUGAAGCUGCCACGGGAGGAGGUCCAAGAGGAGGUGCAGCCGGAGGCGGCAAAGUCGGACUCGAACUUGGCGCCGCCAGAGGAUGGGCCGUCGGUUCCGCCUCAGCCUCCGACGUGGAAGACGGGGGUUGCUUCGGCGGAUGGAAAGUAUGUUUAUCGGGCUUCGAUCUUGGACUUCUUUUGGGCGAAGCACAAGAUCCAGCCGAGGUUCAUGACGUUGCUGAUUAACUUGUGGAAUUUGUUGAUUAGUAAGGAUGGGCCGAUGAGUAUCACUACUACGCCGGAGGAGUACAGGGAGAGGUUUUUGAAGAUGUGUAGGGGGUAUGUGGACAUCAAGAAGGACUGA